AUGACAUUUUCGGUGUUAGCUGGCCUAAUUACUUUAGGCAUAGUCGGUUAUGUGGUUGGUAAGGAUGCAGUUGAUUAUACUGCUUCUUCCCUAUAUCAAACGGAGACGCAAAACUCAUCUGUGUUCUCCAAUACUACAUCGGUUCUCAGUCGUUCUUUUUCGAGAACUCCUAGAUUUUUUCCAUUUUAUACAAUCGGUCGUUUUGAGAAUCAAGUAUGUAUAGGAUCAAAUAACUUAGAUGGGACUUGUAUGUUGAGUGGAGAAUGUAGCGACAAUGGUGGUAUUGCAGCUGGCAGCUGUAGUACGGUCACAAGUCAAGCUGUAUGCUGUAUAUAUCAAAAAACAUGCGGAUCAACGACAAGUAACAAUAACACAUAUUUCUACAAUUCAGGCUAUCCGGGUACUUAUGGUGGUGGCGGUAGGUGCUCAAUUGUGGUUCAACCAACCGAUAGUAGCAUUUGUCAGCUACGUAUUGAUUUCUUAGCCUUAUCUUUAGCCCCACCAAGUGGAGAUGGUGUGUGCAAUACCGAUUCCCUGACAAUAUCGGGUGGUGCUUCUAGGGUACCAACAAUCUGUGGCGAAAAUUCUGGUCAACAUGUUUAUGUCGAUUUUAGUGGACAGUCAUCAAUCACAAUCGCUUUAGCGAGUUCAGCGGGUUACACCUUUAACAGACAGUGGCAAUUCCAGAUUACACAACUAGCAUGCGCUUCAGCUACUCAAGCACCAUCUGGUUGCCUACAAUAUUAUAUGGACACUAGCGGUACUGUGUCCAGUUUUAACUAUGUUUCAGCGCCAAACUCUUUAUUAAAUUCAAUUGGAGUUCCUGGUACACGACAGAUUGCAAGUCAUCGUUAUGGUAUCUGCAUACGCAUGGGUGCUAAUCAAUGUUCGAUCACAUGGAGUCAAGUUAGCUCAGAUUUGUAUUCAUUCACAUUAACAAAUGAUGUAGGAGCCAUUGAUCCUACGCUAUUAGGCACUGCAGAUGUACAAAGUCAGGAAUGUACUACUGAUUUUAUUGUAAUACCAAAUCCACUGCAGAAUAAUGCUGUUUUGCCAAGUGACAGAUUUUGUGGUUUAGGUUUGGUAGAAACGACGAGUAAUACGAAACCGUUUGUUCUGUAUGUGGUAACCGAUGCUAAUGAAAAUUUGGAUAUAUCAAAUAGAGGAUUCUAUUUAUCAUAUUCACAAAAUGCGUGUCCAAUCAUUUAA